AUGGCAGAAGAAAUUGACGAUAGUGGAUUUUAUAGACAAGAUUUCAGUACAGUUUCUGACUGGGAAGUUUUUAUUGCACAAUUGGGUGAAACAAUACAAAAACUGACUCUAUCUGAAAUUGAUUUACCGAGUCACGAUAAUGUCUUCGACAGUAAUUGGAAGUUACAAACGGAAACCAUUCUUCUGCAGAAAGAAAAGAUUGUCGUGAGUUCGUAUGUCUCAACAAAUGAAAAAGGAACUGGAAGUGCGUCAGCGAUAGAAAAAGUGGCUAAUUCUUUUUAUGAAGAUCUAAUGAAUGUCAAAAAUACCUUCGGUCCGCCAUUGAAAUUCCAAGAUUUCAAAAGUACACAUAUAAUAUCUUGUAUGUUCGGAUUAAGCAGAUUUGUAGUCAUCCAUCCCUAUCAGCAACGUUUAUCCAACCCUUCUGAAGUUUGCACUUUUCUAAGUGCUGCAAAUGUCGUGGCGGCAGAGUACUGUCCAUUACUCCCAGUUUUUGUGCAAUUAUAUGAACCUAAGUUAAAUAUUUUUGUUGGAGUGGGUUCAAAUACAACACAUCGUACAAAUUUUGAUAUCGUAUCGCUAAAAUAUUCCCCUACAGACUGUCGAUAUCUCUCCGGAUUGUUGACAAUUUUUAAAGAGAAACUUCCACGAAAUGUACCAACAAUUACAGUCUCAGUGAGAAACACGUAUUUUCUUCAACCUCUUCGUAUUCGAUUUCCUAUGAGCAUACCCUUUCGCCAGUUUCCGGAUGAACAAAAUGAUAUGGAUACAAAUUACAUUAAAUCAACUCAAUUUAUUGCGUUACCGAGUGGAUAUUUUCCAUAUGCAAAUACCGAAGUAUAUCUCGUUUACACUUGGCUUGAUAUUUCAGAAAAUUUUGCUUUGGAUUCACCGCAUUACACGGACUUUGUGCCUUCUAAAACACAAAAUUGUAAAAUGCAUCAAGUAACUCACGCCUUCUCCUAUAUGAGUAGUUGCUUAAGGGAUUUUUUGAAAUUACUUUGCAUGGAAGAUACUUUAGAAUCACUCGCAGGACGACGCUCUAUGGAGUCGUCUGGUGAAGAAAAUAUGGCAAAAGCUUUGCGCAAUUUAACGGAUCCACAACACAGACAUUUUCGAUCCGUUGGUAGUACUGAAGAUAAUAAAUUAAAGACAUUGAAAACAAUUUCUGGACCAUUGCAACAAUCUGAACUAAAGGCUUUCAUGAGCUUUCUGUUUCCAGAUUUAUAUCCUGCCGACAAAUGUUAUACUUAUGCAGAUGAUAUAUUGCAAGAAAAGGGAGAGAUUGACCCUCAUCGUAUCAAGUCGGCACCUUUAGACUCAUUGUGCAGUCGACUGAGUUGUCUUCUUGCUACAUGCAAUGCGCAUUUUGGCGGAAAAAGCGGAUUAGCUCAACUUUAUUUUGCAUUUAUAAGGGAACUGCGUUUCAUAUGGAAUUUUCGACUACCUAUUUCGGGUGUUUCUGCAACGUUCCCUGACACAAGAACUUGUUUGCUAAACCAGAAACUGCAAAUGCUAAGUUAUUGUAUUGAUCGUUCGAUAUUUGGAAAAUAUGAAAAGAAACAACCGUUAAGUGAUAAUAAUGAUAUGAACGAAUCUUCAACGUCCGAUGCAAGCUUUAAAGAGACUUCUAAAGAAACAGAUGAUGAAGACGAAGAUGAGUUUUACGAUUGUGCUGAGUAUGCACCAGAAGGUCGUUGCAAACGUUUGGAUGACAAAAAAUUAUUGGGUUGCGAUGAACCCUUAUACGUGCCUAUAACGCAAGAUCCUGUGCCGAAAACAGAAGAUGAACUACAGGAAGAUGCAGAAGCUAUGCUGAAACAUGGUUCAGGUUCUGAUUUGAGUAUGCAGCUAAUGUGUUCUUCAUUACUUUCCGAUAUGGAAGCUUUCAAGGCUGCCAAUCCGAAUGGAAAACUGGAAGAUUUUAUACGUUGGUACAGUCCAAGAGACUGGGAAGAAGAUGAUUCUGGAUUGGGAAAGUUAAGUGCGCGCAUGGAAGCGCCAGGAAACACUUGGCAGAAAAUGUGGCAAGAUGCGAAACCAGUGCCAGCUUACAAACAGAAGCGGUUAUUUGAUGAAACGACAGAGGGCGAAAAGGUUAUGUCUUAUUUAGAGUCCAGAAAUAUAAAUGAAAUCAGCAAAUUGGUAAUAAUAACGGUUCUGCAUGCUGCGAUAAUAAAGUUUAAGGAUGUUUUAGAAACUGAGAAAAUAUUUGAUAUUUUUGAGAUUAAAGUUGAUGAAUUACUCGCCGACUUAUGUCAUUUAUCACGUAACGAGGAACUAUUCAACGAAGAGAUUUCCAGCAUCGAAGACGCGACAGCCAAAAUCGUAUGCCUCAUCGAAAAACUUGAGAAACUAGAAGCACAAUUCUUUCAAUUUAAGUGUUUUGAACGACUGACAGGCUCUGCAGAGUGCAUAACAUUUGGAGAAGUCAAGCAAAAGUUUCAAGAAACUAUUGAAAAUGGUAAUAGUUGUAAUAUAGCAAAUACAAUUGGGCAACACAUUAUUGAUAGUAAUGAGAGUGAAAUGCAAAAGUGUUUGAUAACGAAGGAAUAUGUUUUACGUGCGCGCGAAGAGCUAUCUGGUUGCCCGCACUACUUGAGAGCAAUUGUAGUUGGCGAAGAAGUACGUUUAUGUGGCGCUUUUACGGAACAUACCACAUUUAUUUAA